CCGGCGCUCACUGGCCGGCGGGCGUUUGCCCGGGGCCAAGCCCUCCCCUCCGAAGGCUGUUUUGUCUCCUGCCGCUGAGUCACAGAGAAUAGAUAGACAGUUUAUCAGCACAUGUCCUGCAGAUCAGGUUUGCAGUUUACAAAUAUAGCCGUUAGCGCGCUGGCGAAGGCUCUGCGUUUUGGAGCGCUUCCGGCUCCGGUGUGGCGCAGCGGCAGGGGCUCGGGCUGCGGCGCGGUCGCGGGUAACUUCAUGCUCCCAGAAUGGGACAUAAAGUGGUCGUAUUCGACAUUUCUGUCGUCAGAGCCUUGUGGGAGACACGUGUCAAGAAGCACAGAGCUCUGCAGAAAAAGGAGGAAGAAAGACUUGAGAAAAGUGCUUUGGAAAAGAUAAAGGAGGAGUGGAACUUCGUGGCCGAGUGCCGGAGGAAAGGCAUCCCCCAGGCUGAGUACUGCAGGAAUGGCUUCGUAGACACCGGCGUGAGGCUUCUGGAAAAGAUCGAAAGGAACUCUCUCCUGAGCCGGAGUUCCCCUUCCAAGGCGGGAGACAAAAGGAAAAGCCCAUUUGUGUUUGAACUCUCGGGGGAGCACUGGAAGGAGCUCCCAGAUUCGCUGAGGGAGCAGACGCACCUGAAAGAAUGGCACAUAAACAAUACCCUGAUUCAAAUCAUUCCUGCCUACAUCGAGCUGUUCCAAGCGAUGAGAGUUCUGGAUCUGCAAAAAAACCAAAUCUCCCAUCUUCCGGCUGAAAUCGGCUGUUUGAAGAAUCUGAGAGAACUCAAUGUGAGCUUCAACCAUCUGGAGAGCAUUCCUCCAGAACUGGGAGACUGUGAAAAUCUAGAGAAACUGGAUUGUUCUGGAAAUCUAGAGUUAACUGAGCUCCCCUUUGAAUUAAGUAAUUUGAAGCAAGUGACAUUUGUAGAUAUCUCGGCAAACAAGUUUUCCAGUGUCCCCAUCUGUGUCCUGAGGAUGUCUAACCUGCGGUGGUUGGAUAUCAGCAACAAUAACCUGAACGACCUGCCGCAAGACAUAGACAGGCUGGAAGAACUGCAGACGUUUCUCCUGUACAAGAACAAGCUGACCUAUCUGCCCUACGCCCUGCUUAAUCUGAAGAAGCUCACCCUGUUGGUCGUCAGCGGGGACCGUCUGGUGGAGCUGCCCACCGCCCUCUGCGACGCCUCCACCCCUUUAAAAUUUGUAAACCUUAUGGACAAUCCUAUUGAUAAGACCCAGUGUCAAGAUGGUGACGAAAUGGUGGAAAGUGAACAAGAUCGUCAACACUUCGAUAAAGAAUUUAUGAAAGCCUAUAUUGAAGAUCUUAGAGAAAGAGAAUCGGUUCCCAGCUAUACCACCAAAGUGUCUUUCAGCCUUCAGCUCUGACACCGCCCUCGGACGCCUGCGCACCUCCCUGUCCGUGGGGCUGUACCUCUUUGUGUUGUGGGUCAGGUCGCAGAGGGGUAAUGGCUUGUACUUAGGCAGGAGGGCCAGAAACGGCGGUCACAAGUGUUUGGAAAAAUGAUUUUCCAAGUUCAGAUGGAUGAAUACGUCUCUCUGUGGACUGGGGAAUUGAUCGGUGGGUUUAUAUGUUGAUAUUUAAAGGUUCAUUUGCGUAUACUUGGUUCCAAGUGAUGCACAUUUAAUAUUUUAGGACAUGUAUUAUUUUUUUAAGAUGAUAACUUAGACCAAAUUCUGGAGUUGAUUGCACAGUUUUUAGGAAUCAAGGAAUAAAGGGCUUGUGAAGAGUGUUUCUAUUGGACUAGUCAGAUGAGAGUUUAUUUGUUGUUUUUUUUAAGGAGUUUUUUUAAAAGAUUUUAUUUAUUUAUUUUUAGAGAUAGGGGAAAGGAGGGAGAAAGAGAGGGAAACAUCAGUGUGGUUGCCUCUCAUGUGGCCCCCAUUGGGGACCUGGCCUGCAACCCAAGCAUGUGUCCUGACUGGGAAUCGAACCAGCAACUCCCUGGCUCGCAGCCAGCGCUCAAUCCAUUGAGCCACACCAGCCAGGGCUGUUUUUUUUAAAGGAGUUUUAAUGCAUUAUUUCUUUUACUGAGAAUAAUUGUCCUGAGGUGUAUACAAACUGCUAUUUCCAUAUGUUUUAAAUUAAGUCUUGCAAGUGUGGGCUCUCAGGAGAGACUUUGGGUAGAACUGGGCCUUGAAGGCAGGAAGAAGGGCAGGGUGUCUGCCUUUGCAUCGGGCACAGGACGGUCGGGUGAUGUGCUAGCAGCCCUUGUGGGGGGUUCGGGCUGGUCACGAAAGCCUUGCGUGGCCUGCAGGAUGGUCAUCUUGCCCUGAGUGGGCACCUCGGGGUCCUGGGACCCACCUGAGAGCGGGGAGCAGAGGCAGUGUUCUCAGGGACCCCCUGCUAAGGUGGCCAUGCGGUGUGGCGGGCAGGACUAAUCCGAGUUGGUGAGGGGUCCCUGGCAAGCCUUCCUCAAGGGUGCCAAAGGAGAGGCUGCCCACGGCCGAGAUGCUGUGGCCCAGAGUGCGCUCGGCAGACUGUUUUGCAUGGUUAAAGAUGGGGUUCCUUAUGGGACUUUGGACCCUCAUAUCACGUCACGUGGUUUGGAGAGAUCGUACCCUGUCCACCAUUGUACCACUGUCUGGGCUCAACUAAGCAGGACUGGGUGUGGAAGAUAAGCUUGAACAAGCAGUUUACACACGAAUCGACUCCUCCGUGGUCUGCCCAGUACUGUCCAACGAAACUUUCUGUGGGGAUGGCAACACCUGUGAAUGUGUGUCCCACGGCGGGACCGCCAGGCCAGGCGCGCCUUGAGCACUUGAACAGCGACUGGUGCCAACGAAGCUAAAUAUUUAAUUUAAUUUAAAUUUAAAUAGCCAGAGGGGGCUACCCUAUUGGACAGCUUGGGUCUAGCCAGGUGGUUCUUUGGAAGUUAAUCUGGGCUAAAAAUGAAGGGUGACUUUUAUUUUCUCUUAUCUGAAGAAUCCGUCUGUCCCUGAGGCAUGCAUUUAACAUGGGUUACUCCUGACACGCCAGUGUCUUGUCUUGAGGGGCCUAAUCGUAAUUCCAAAUAUUUUAUCCUCAGCAUCUGCAGAACAGGCAGAGAAAUCUGAAACCACUGUCGGGGGUUGCUUCGUCUUAAAGACAAACUCGGAAAGUAGGUUUAAGAUGAGAAGAAUAGGAAAAUGAGAAACCACUGUAAUUGACCCUCUAACAAUUGUAUUUUUCUUUUUCACUGCUUAACAAUGUAAUUCAAAUUUAUUAGUUAUA